ACUGUGUUUGUUUGUUGUCUGGAUUACAGUUACAAGCCGUCGAGUUGUUAAGAUUCCCAAACGUCGUUUGGUGCUGAAAAAUGGCGCCGAUUUCGAUAAAGAUCAUUAUGGACGACGGUGCGGUGACAAGGAAAGUGAAGUUCGACAGCACGCUAUCCGUUGCCAAGGCUCAUGAGAUCGUCAAGGAAAAAUUCAAUUUACCAGCCGAUUCUAAAGAUUACGGGCUCUUCCUUCGAUCAGCCGACAAUGACGUCAGCGGGGUUUGGUUGGAUUACAACCGAAACUUGGACUACUAUAUGCUGAGAGAUGGAGACACGCUGGACUAUCUACCUAAGGAGAGAUUACUGAAGGUCAAGAUAUUAGAUGGUACCGUGAAGACGCUGAAGUUGGACCAGUCGAAGCAAAUCGGGGAGCUGAUGAGGGUUAUCUGCGGGAGGAUCGGGAUAACGAACCACGACGAGUACGGACUGUGUUGGAUGGAAGACGAGAAAGUCGAGAAUAAGCCACGGUCUACCGGGACGCUGACUGCGAAGACACUUCAGUCUGGUCGCGACGCGCAGUUUGAGGAACUCAGCAAGAAGCUCCACACUGAUGAUAAUGUCAAAUGGCUCGACCACCACAAGACGCUUCGGGAGCUGUCCUUGGACGAGACCACGCCGUUCCUGCUGAAGAGGAAACUCUUCUACUCUGACAAGAACGUGGACGAAAGAGACCCGAUGCAGCUCAAUCUUCUCUACUUGCAAACCAGAGAUGCAAUACUCAACUUGACUCAUCCGGUCACCGAAAAAGAAGCGAUCGAGUUCGCUGGCAUUCAAUGUCAGAUACAUUACGGCGAUUACCAGGAGGAUCGGUUCAAGCCCGGAUUUAUCUCGAACAUGAACGAAUAUCUACCCUCGCAAUAUUCUGGAUCGUGGGGCGUUGAGAAGAAGAUCAUCAAGGCUUACAAAAAGCACCAGGGUCUGACGCCGUUGCAUGCCAAGUCCCUGUACAUCAAGACAGCCAGGGAUCUACCAACUUUCGGAGUCACCUUCUUCUUAGUAAAAGAGAAGAUGAAAGGUAAAAAGAAGUUGAUACCACGUCUCCUGGGCAUCAACGCUGAAUCCAUUCUGCGCCUAGACGAGACUACGAAAGAAAUCCUGCAAGUUUGGCCCUUGACUCACGUGAAGACCUAUAACGUUGCCAACGCCGAGGCUUUUAUUCUGAACUUCGGCGAAUACAGUGAGGAACCGUACACCGUGAAGACCAGAGACGCCAACCAGAUCAGAGAUAUUCUGGAGGGCUACAUCGAUCUGAUAGGGAAGAAGCUUCUGGCCAAGCACAACUUCAGCAGCUCCGAUAGGAUGAUCAUAACCGAAGAUGAAGUAGCUCCUUCUAAAUUAAACACUAUACAAUACAUUGCUAAUAAUCCUAACAAGAUUGUAGAGCAUUCUUUCGUCGGUCCAAGCAAGAUUAUCUCCUACGAAAAUGCUUCUGAAUGCCGUCAAGGAACCCAGAUCAUGACUGUCCAGAAAAUAUUAACGAUGGGACAAUUGCAGCAACAGCAACAUGCAGUGGUGGGCGAAUUACCCCAACGAGGCGAUAUGUCCAUGGACUGCAUCAGGAAAUUGAAUCGUUUGAAUUCCAACUCGGUCAAGAUGGUUACAUUUCUUACCGAUCCCACUGACGACAACAUAAGGCAGGCCCAAGACAUUUUGCGCACCAUCAAUGAAGAUAAGCCCAUUAUCGUGGAUGGUCUUCGCAAAGCAGCCGAGAACCAGUCGAAUCCGGAAAUGACGAAGAAGAUGUUAGAAGACCUUCAAGAGCUAGAGGAACUAUUGAGAUCGCUCAAUGAAUGCAUGGAACCAAAUAAAUACAAGCUGAGUGAAGCCGACGAAGCGGCAUGCAGGAUUGCGGAUCUUUCCACUCAGAUAUACUUCUCAAUGGAUCCCAGGACCAGGAGAAGGAGUGAUCUUUUAAACAGGUCGCGCAAGAGUUUCAUAGCUGACGAGAAGAUGGACAAAACAUUACGGAGGGCGUCAUUCAUCGCCGCCGCCACGACCACGCUUCACGCUUUGAAUGCAGCGCAAAACGAUAUCGCUAAGGAAUGUGGCGAUCUAGAGUUAACGCCCGUCCAACAGGCGCAAUUGCAAGAGUCUACAUCGGAGAAUGUUAGGAAGCUCAGCGCUGCUGUCGCGUUGUACUUAAUGGCUCACGCAGACCCACAAAUGGUCGAUUACCAAGCGGCCAUUAACUCCUUGAAUAUGAUCAGAGAGCUCGUACCGGAGAUAACUAAAGAUUCUCUCGCUUGGAAAUCCAUGAAGGAUAAUGAGGCAGCAGAAGGAGUGGUCAAGGAUAUAAAUUCACUGUGCUCUAUGACCUCAAGGCUAUGUACGUUUACAGGACCCGAUGAUCACGAGAAAAUGCAGGAGGCCUGUAACGGCUACGCCGAUGUCUCCAGGAAGCUAUUGUGUGCCCUUGGUCGCGGUGGUAAUAUGGACAAAGAAGUUGAGAUCAUAGAUUUAUCCAAAAAUGUUGGAGAUAAAUCUUCGAACUUGUUGGACGCUGUAGACAAACUCCUCGGCGAAGUUCCUGACGAUGAUAGUUCAGCAUCGAAGGAAGUAGCUGACGCUAAGUCCAGAGUAGCUUAUUGCGCGAGGGACCUGCUCGCGUGUGCUCAGCUGACUGCCCCGUCACUUCACGAACCACACUGUCGAAGUGCUCUAAUGGCCGCUUCCGAAGCCCUUUCAUCGUCAGUGCAGCAUUUGGCCCUGGUUUGGAAACCGUUAGUGGAGGACCCGAGUAGAAAUCAUCAUAGAGAGGCCCUGAAGCACAACUCGUUGUUAAUAGCGCGAGCUUUGGACGCUCUGAAGAAUGCUGUCGGAUCUUUAGGCGACAGCGAGAGUUCCGAUACCGGAGAUGAUCAGAAACAGCGUGAAUUAAGAAGAUUGAAGUUCAUCAACAGUGCAGCACAAGCUAAGAAGAACUUGGAGGAUGCCAGGAAUGAGUUAAACGAGCCAGCUAUAUGCCAGUUAAUGAGAGAAGAAGAUGCAGCGAGAUUGCAAAGCGGCCUAGCGGAUAAGUUGGCGCAAUUAAACGCCGCGAUUGCUGCUCUCAUUUCUUCCACAUCAGAUCGUGAUAAUCCUGAUUACGCUACAGCUGAUUUAGCUGUUGGCACAAUCAGCGAGCUACUGCCGCAAGUUGUUUACGACGCUAAAGUGCUAAGCUCGAACAAAAGUCCCGAAGAUUGCGAAGCGUUAUUGGACAGCAUCAGAGCUCUGUGUGACGCUUCCAGGAGCAUUUGCGAGAGCGCCGAACAAGGGAAGAGCCUAAGUGAAGGUGCGGUGCAAUUCGCUGAGGCGUCAGAAAAAAUGGCAUGCCAAACUGACUCCAAUUUUAAUCCGGAUAAAGAGAACAGGAUCAAGGACCUCGUAUCGGAGGCGUGCGCCUCGGCGUCUCAACUCCUGACCAAGGUUCAGCAAUUAUCCGAAACCGUGGGUGGUGAUGUUGGGGAGCAGCUGGACAAAGAAGGAAUAAAAGUAGCUGAUGCCACACAGAAUCUGAUUACAGCUGCACAGUUGACGGCUCCAUUGAUUUCCAAUGCUCGGUGCCAGUCAGCUUUGUUAUCAUCAGUGGACGCCGUGUCGCGAUCGAGCCAACAGCUGCAGAACUGCUGGAGACAACUCCAACACCCUCACGUGGUGUUGCUCGACCACGAUCGCAAGUUGCUGGAAGACAAGCUCGAUCAUAUCAGGAAAGCCUGUCAAGAAGAUCCUAAGGGGCCCAGUGAGCAGCAGCGCCUGCAGUUCAUCAGGACACUUCCUUCAGCCAAACAGAACUUGCAGACUGCUGAAGACUUGAUCUACAAGCCGGUGAGCAAGCGAGUGUCCAGCCGCGACGUGCCGGCGCUGGAGCAUCGUCUGCAGCAGUCGGUGGCGCGGCACAACGCCAGCGUGGCCGACCUCCUCGCCGCCACCGCCGACGGUGAUAAUCCAGACUACGAAAGAGCUGAUGCAGCAAUCAGGAGCAUCACCGAGACGAUGCCUGAGAUGGUAGAAGACGCUAGAGCACUAAGUGCCACUGGAGAUGAAACAAGCAGGAAUGCUCUGUUGGAUCAUAUUAAGGCGCUUUGUGAAGCUACUAAAGCUUUGUGCGGAAGUGUUGAAGACCCUAAGGAGUUCAAGGAGUCCGCUGCCAGGUUGUCGGAAGCUUCACAGAAACUGAAGUUCGUGUUCAGCUCCAACAAGAAUCCCAGGAACCAACAGAAAGAGCAAGAGAUUAUGGACCUGACAUCAUCAGCAUGCGGUGCAGCAUCACAGCUUUUGAGCAAGGUGCAGCAGAUGUCGGUGGAAGUAGGAGGAGAUGCAGGAGAGCGGCUGGACGGAGUGGGAACUAGAGUCGCUGAGACGACUAAGAACAUGCUGACCACUGCACAGUUGACAGCUCCAUCAAUCUCGGAUGCUCGUUGUCAGUCAGCACUACUGUCAUCAGUGGACGCCGUGUCGGGAUCGAGUCAGCAGUUGCAGAACUGCUGGAGACAACUCCAACACCCUCACGUGGUGCUAUUGGACCACGACCAUAAGUUGCUCGAAGACAAGCUAGAUCACAUCAGGAAAGCCUGUCAAGAAGAUCCUAAAGGGCCCAAUGAGCAGCAGCGGCUGCAGUUCAUCAGGACAUUUCCUUCAGCCAAACAGAACUUGCAGACGGCUGAAGACUUGAUCUACAAGCCGGUGAGCAAGCGAGUGUCCAGCCGCGACGUGCCGGCGCUGGAGCAUCGUCUGCAGCAGUCGGUGGCGCGGCACAACGCCAGCGUGGCCGACCUCCUCGCCGCCACCGCCGACGGUGAUAAUCCAGACUACGAAAGAGCUGAUGCAGCAAUCAGGAGCAUCACCGAGACGAUGCCUGAGAUGGUAGAAGAUGCCAGAGCACUAAGUGCCACCGGAGAUGAAACAAGCAGGAAAGCUCUGUUGGAUCGUAUUAAGGCGCUUUGUGAAGCUACUAAAGCUUUGUGCGGAAGUGUUGAAGACCCCAAGGAGUUCAAGGAGUCCGCUGCCAGGUUGUCGGAAGCUUCACAAAAACUGAAGUUCGUGUUCAGCUCCAACAAGAAUCCCAGGAACCAACAGAAAGAGCAAGAGAUUAUGGACCUGACAUCAUCAGCGUGCGGUGCAGCAUCACAGCUUUUGAGCAAGGUGCAGCAGAUGUCGGUGGAAGUAGGAGGAGAUGCAGGAGAGCGGUUGGACGGGGCGGGAACUAGAGUCGCUGAGACGACUAAGAACAUGCUGACCACUGCACAGUUGACAGCUCCAUCAAUCUCGGAUGCUCGUUGUCAGUCAGCACUACUGUCAUCAGUGGAUACCGUGUCGGGAUCGAGCCAGCAGCUGCAGAACUGCUGGAGACAACUCCAACAUCCUGACGUUGUACAGCUGAAUCAGGACUGUAAGCAGCUCGAAGACCAUCUCGAACACGUUAGGAGAGCUUGCAGAAUUCCCAUUGAUGAUACGACUACAGAAAAACAGCUUCCAUCUCGACGAGAGCAACAACGCCUGAAAUUCAUCAGGACUUUACCUUCGGCCAGGCACAAUCUACAAGCUGCCGAAAAUCUUCUUAAUGAGCCGGUGAACAAGCGAGUGUCCAGCCGCGACGUCCCCUCGUUGGAGCAUCGUCUGCAGCAGUCAGUCGCGCGACACAACGCCAACGUUGCCAAUCUCCUCGCCGCCACCGCCGAUGCUGAGAAUCCAGAUUACGAAAGAGCUAACGAAGCGAUCAAGAUCAUAACGGAGACGAUGCCUAUAAUUGUGGAAGAUGCAAAGGCACUAAGUUGUACUCAAGAUGGGGAAAGUAGAAAAGCCCUAUUAGAACGAAUUAAAGCUCUUUGUGAAGCUACCAAGUCUUUAUGUGGUUAUGCUGAAGAUCCGAUGGAAUUGAAGGAGUCUACAUCCAAGUUGUCUGAUGCUUCACAGAAACUCAAGUUUGUGUUCAGCUCCAACAGAGAUCCCACAAGCCUACAGAAAGAGCAAAAGAUCAUAGAUCUAGCAUCAUCAGCGUGCAGCACAGCUUCUCAGAUGCUAAGUAAAGUGCAGCAGAUAUCGGAAGAGAUAGGAGGAGAUGCGGGAAUGACGCUAGACGUGGCUGGAACUAGAGUAGUCGAUUCUACAAAGAACAUGCUGACCACUGCACAGUUAACGUCACCGUCCAUUGAAGAGCCGUCGUGUCGGUCAGCCUUACUCGCGGCGGUCGAUGGAGUCUCCAACUCGAGCCAGGAGUUGCAAGAUUGCUGGAAACAACUUCGUCAUCCCCAAAUAGGGGUAUUGGAUUACGAACACAAACUCUUGGAAGAUGAACUGGAACAAAUCCGGGUCGCUUGCCAAGAUGCCGACCUGCAAGAGCCUACUAAAAUACCCAUAACGGAAAAGCCGAAGGUACUCCAGAAGCCAUCUUCAAUCAAACCUGGUAUUGCGACUAAACCAAGUUUGAAAACCAAGCCGCUUACUGGCCCAGUUGUGAAGACCGGCGACGGAAGUGUUGAUAAACUUCGGGAAAAUCAGUUGAAGUCUCCGGUGGCAGCGUCACACGUACAGUCAUCGAGCGUGAAUGCAGACCAAGAGAAACUUCUCGAAAGACUCAAGACGACUGUAGAUGAAGCGAAUAAAAAAAUACGAGAAGUGGAAGAUAAAAUAAAACAGGCAAACGAGUUUGGCGAGGUCAAGCCUUUGUUGAAUAUUAGCUCAAGUGAACUCUCCAAUAAGAAAAAGAAAAUCCAGGACAACUUAGCGUUAGCGAGUGUUCAAGUGGCGUCUUUGGUGGCUGUAAAUUAUGCUGAUAAAAUAGAUUAUGAGACGGCACAGAAAUCCAUAAAAUCAUUACCGCAACUGACUUCUGAUAUCGUACAGGAUGGAAUAUUAACCAGUAACACGUUGAAGACUGACGCAAGAAAAGCAUUUCUGGAUGACAUGCUGAAUUAUUGCGAAGCUACGAAGCAACUUUGUGAUACCGCCAAAAAUGAUAGAGGGAAAAUCAAUGAAGCUGCCAUCGAUUUUGGUGAUAAGUCCACCAAAUUACUGUACAGUAUCAGCUGUGAUGCUGACCCGGCUUUGGAAAAGGAGAUAAUAAGCCGCGCCAAGCAAAUAGGCGACAGCGCGUCCCGUCUAGCCAUGGCUGCCGCGCACUUCGCUCAGGACUGGAGUGACGGUGGCGUCAAUCUGCAGAACAUAUGCGACGGCGGAGCCAAUUGCGUGGAUGCAGUCGGGAAACUAGUCUACACUUCUAAACUCGUAUCUCCAACAAUCAACAAUAAGUACAGCCAAGAAGCCCUGAUUACUUCCGCUGAUGUGGUUUCCGAACACCUCAAGACGUUCUCUAGCGUCUGGAAGCCACUAUCCAGCGACCCUCGUCAGGCCAAAGACGUCUACAAACUGAACGAGGAGGCCCAAAAUCUAGAAAAACUUCUGGAAGACUUAAGGGGAGAUGUGAAAGAUGGAAAGAUAGCGAAAGCCCGGGAAGAAGAAAAGCUGGUCAUAGAAAGCUCUCCACUCAGACAACUGAGCUGUGAAAUCUUGAGUGGAGCUUUGAAAUCAUCCGAAUGUAUGGAGCUACCUGUAUCAAUGAGGCAGAAAUAUAAGGACUACGCUUACAACCUCAAAAAUGCGUUGAAGGACUUAGAUUUAGCCAACGACAGAUAUCGCAGAGCACCUUAUGACACCGAUCGCGCUAUCGAUUUGGAGAGUGCCAUUGAAAAUAUGAAGAUCUCCCUGCUACAAACUAGACCUAAAGUAAAUGAUGCGGAGAGUAGCAACGUAGUGGAUAUAAGGGACUUCUUGCAAGAUCUAACCAUUGAAGCGGACAAGUUAACUGAAAGAGCAUCGGAAAUUCACUCAGAGUGUGACCACGAUAAUAUAGAAAAAAUAAAAGAAAAUUGUCACGAGAUAUCGUCGAAAGCGUUCGAGCUGAUGCACGAAGGAAACCAGGACGGAGAAGUCUUAGAGCAGUUCGGAGAAGAAUGCAAUGACCGUAUCAAAACAUUACGAUCAGUUCUGGAGAAAUGCCAAGACCAGAAAACGAAGGAGCUUGAGCAUCGACUUGAAGCUUUGGAGGAAAGUUGCAAGUUAUACUGGUUCGCAGCCAAGUGCAAUUUGUCCACUGCCCGAAGCGCAGCCUUAGAUGCGACAUUGAACGAUCUGAACGAUAUCCAACGACGCGUCAUCAAAACUCUGUUACCUGCUAAUGAAGUCCAGGGCGCCGUCACCAUGCGUAAGCGACCACCGGUGCCUCCGAAGCCGCAGAUGAAAGCCAAGCUGUCGGGUGCUGUAGCUGCAGCAGCGAAACAAGCCAGCAAUUCAGAGCACCUGGCUGCGGCCUUUACUGAUUACAUUGCUGAUAUAGCUAGCUCUGAUUACGGAAGUAAUGGAGAAAAAAGAGAUCUACUCCUAGCCCAUCUAUACAAAUUGGUGGAUCUCAUGAAGAUACUCUCUCUGACCGUCAACAAAAGAGUUGCGACAUGGCAACCAGUUGAAGAUCCCGAAGUGAGCCGUAUUACCGAACAAAUCCUACGGGAAAUUGAGAAUCCCGAAAGUAAAUUUUCCGCAGCCGAGUCCUCGACACAGAACCAACUGUUCAGCGCCGACAACGCCUACCAGAUGUUGUUGCCCAACGACAAAAUAAAGAUCAUUGACGAACAGAAAUUGAACAAGAAACUUCAUCAGUAUUCGUCAAAGCUAAGCGGGACGUGCACCGAUAUUCUCCAGAGUCUGUCCCAGCCCUCAAGUCUGCCGCAAGUCCUGGCUGGUGCCGUCCACAGCGCUGCACAGCUGGGGGACGUCGCACGUGCUCAUAGGACGAAGGAUCCCGUACACAACUCCAGAAUUGAAGACGCAAUACAGGAUUUGUCCUUCGCCACUUAUAAUGUCCUUAAGACCGCCGAGUAUGCUAGUCGGGAUCUCGAUCAUCCAGUAAGCAGAAGACGACUUCUGGAUGCCUUACGCCAACUGAACGAAAGCAUCAAUACGCUGGUUCGAUGCUGUUCCCCCGGACCGAGCAGCGAGAUGACUCGAAUGAAAAGGCAUCUACAACUGCAGACCUCUACCAGCCAGUUCCAGCACCCAACAUGCGGAUUGCCGUAUCUACACUGCGUUGAUGCUUUGAACAAUCAGAAGGAUGUUUUAUCGAAAUUGAAAAACGAGGAAGCUAUGCCGCGUGACGAGCUUAUCAAGGACCUUGGCUACAUCACCUCGGCCGUGUGCAACAGUUCCGAAUACUUCCAGCAAUGCGCUUACUUGAUGUCGAUAUCAGAACAGGAUUUGAGUGCAGCGAAGGAAGGAUUGGUCGAUAUACGAAAAAUUCAGAAAUCCAUCGGGGCUGUCCGCGACUCUUGCAUACGCCUCAUUAGAACCGAACAUAUUGAUGAUAUCAAAGAAGACAUACCGAAGUUGAAGAAUCAAAUGAAAGAUCUUACGCAAUCUUUGACUGAAGCCCAGGACAAGAUCAAAGACGAGAAGCUGUCGAAGGAUUUGGCUCAAUCAAAGACGGAAGUAGAUUCUAUUUUUGGUGCCAUUUGUCGGGCUUUGGAUAAAAAUGAAGAGACGAAAAUAGCACCUCUCACAAUGGAUCUUAUGAGUGUAUUGAAGAAUACUGAUAAUAUAAUUGAAAAUCCAGCCUUGAUUCCAACACCAAAGACUUUAUCUGCCGACACGAGACAAAGAUGUGAAGAAAUCUCCAAUAGCUCAAAGGUUCUUCUCAGUAUCACCCAAGAUCUGGUUGACGAGGUAUCUCGAAGUCCCGAGGAGCCGGAGAUGAUGACCUGGGUCAUGUUUGGCAGCAACUCAAAGAAAGUGCUCAAAGCCUUUGAUGAGCUCCUUAAAACUGUACAAAUCAACGGUCAACGCGCUGGUAUAAUUUUAGGAUCCCCUGAAGACACAUCAGAGAUUUCUGAUUCUCCAGUCAAGAGCUUCCUCGAUACGCAAUUGGAGAUUGCCAACAAAUGGCUGAACAAGCCAACGUGUAAGGCUGCUACCAAGUCGGCUGGACAGAAAGCGGCCAAAACGAUCAUCGAUGUUGCUGAAAAGAUGGCAGAAGAUAUGACCCCCGCAGAAAAGUUGGAAUGGAAACAGAUGUUCCACGAAACGGAUGUAUUGCUUAACGACUGCUGCCAAAGAUACGACCAAGAGAAGUACAGUAUAUUCAGUCACCGCCUUAAGGACUUAAAGAAGUUGAUAGAGCGCGGUGUCGUUACGAGGGUGGUGGAAGAUUUUAUGGACCAGGAGGAACCUCUCGCAGAUCUAGAUAUAUUAGUGGAUUCUGAAAAAGACGAAAAGAAACGUCAAUAUUUGCUCGAAAAGAAAAUAGCUGAACUCCUGGCCCAACUAGGCAGAGUGACCAGGACUGCGCGGUUCGUGGCGGACACAGGCACCGGGGACCAGGCGCUGACUGACCAACUCAAGCAGUGCAGCAAUCAGACUGAACUGUUGGCUCCAAUGUUGGUGAAGGCAGCCCAAGAGAGAUUGGCCAAACCCAAUGAUCAAGCUAUUAUAGACAACUACAAGUCGAUGUUGGCGCAGUACGCCGAGUCCGUUUCCAAAGUCCGGGACCUUUGCGAUCAGGCUGUGGACCCAAUGGAGUUCGUCCAGACCGCUGGUGAGACUAUGCAGCGUUUGAGAGAAGAAUCGGCUCUAACCAAUGACACAUUGAAGGGCGCCCAAACAUCAUAUGUCAUUUCAAAGUUGGGCGGGCGCGUUAUAUCGGUGACCAUGAAGUCUAACGACGUCCGUGACGACCCGGAAUUGGCGGCGGCGCUACGUGUCCUCACGGCCGCCGCCGCCCCCCCGCGCGCCAGCCGCCUCCCGGACUGGAAGGAUGCCACCGCUCAGAUUCUCCGGACGACUGGCGAAGUGGAAUCCAUGCUUGGAGGCGAAGGGAUAUUUAAGAAACAGCCGGAACCAGACCAGCCUAUAUACAGCGUGGCGUUGGAUCUCCACACGGCGGUGCGGGGCUGGUCGUCACGCGACAACGAGAUCGUGGGCGUGGCCAAACGUAUGGCCGUGCUGAUGGCGAAGCUGUCCGAGUAUAUGAACACAGAUAAGAAGCGUAAUUUGCUAAUUACGUCUAAGAAGAUUGUCGAGGAGUCCCACGAGGUCGCUUAUCUGGCGAAGAAGCUAGCCGGAGAAUGUACCGACGUCAGAAUUAAGACAAACUUGCUGAACGCAUGCGAGAGAAUCCCAACGAUUAGCGCUCAGUUGAAAAUGCUGACGACAGUGAAAGGAUCCUCGCUAGGACGACAAGGCACAGAAGAAGACAAAGAAGCCAUGAACAUGUUGGUCGGCAAUGCCCAGAGCCUUAUGUUGAGCAUCCAAGAUGUGGUGAAGGCCGCAGCGAGUGCGUCAGUCAAGAUAAUGUCCCAAACCGGACCGAGGAUCAAAUGGGUUCGCAAAACCUAUUAUUAG